AUGGGUAUUGAUUUGAAGGCUGGUGGCCGUAUUAAGAAGACUCAGUCUAAGAAGUCUCGAUCAACAAAUCCUUAUCGUGCAUUAUUGGUUAAAUUAUAUAGAUUCUUGGCACGUCGUACAGAUUCUGCAUUUAACUCAACAGUAUUGCGACGUUUAAUGAUGGCCAGGAGAUUUCAGGCACCAAUUUCUGUAUCUCGUCUACUAUCUUUGAUGCAUGGCAAAGAGGGGAAGAUUGCAGUUGUAGUAGGUACGGUUACCGAUGAUGUUAGAGUACUAAAGUUACCUAAAAUGUCAGUCUGCGCUCUGAGAUUUACUGAAAAUGCAAGAAGACACAUUGAAAAGUGUGGUGGUGAAUGCCUAACUUUCGAUCAGUUAGCUUUACGUGCUCCAACAGGAUCAAAUGUAAUUCUACUACGUGGUCCUACAAAGUCAAGAAAGCAAGAAAAGUUCUUUGGAAAAGCUCCAGGUCUACCUAAAAGCACAAGUAGACCACGUGUACACUCUAAAGGUCGUAAGUUUGAGAAAGCUAGAGGUAGAAGAGCAUCUAGAGCAUACAAAGCUUAA